GGCUGAGGGACCCCCCUUCCCCCGGGUGCCGGGCCGGGCUCCGCGGACCGCCGGGGAUUUUAAUUAGGUGUGUCCCCCCCCUCCACGCCUCCUCCUCCGCCGCCGCCGCCUCCUCCUCCCUCCGCCCCCCGCCGCUCCUGCCCGCCCCGCCGCCCCUCCGAAUCGGCGGCCAAGAAAACCCAGAGAGACCUGGCGGCUGCCGGAGAAGGGGGAGCCGCACGGCAGGCGGAGCGCCCCGUAUCCCGCCGAAACUUGGGGAAGUUUGUCCGGCGGCGCGAACCGGGAGGCCCGCGGUGCCCGGCACCCGGCGAGUAUGUGCGAGGAGCGGACUGCUCGCCGCGCCCCCUCGGGCGGAGCGGGGCGGCUGUGAGCAGGGCGGCCCGCGCCCCCCGGGGCCCUCACCGCAGCGCUUGAGCCGCCGCGGACCCCGUCCCGCCCGGCCCCGCGCCGCGGCGGGCUGCCCUCCGAGCUCUGCGGGCGGUGAUGGCACCGGGCGGGCUGUGACGGGCGCCCCGUCAAGGGCUCGCCGCCUCACCGGAGACUGCCGGGGAUCAUCGCGUCCGCAGCGAAGCGAGGACCCCCACGCCCCGCGCCUCUCGCCUGCCGCCGGGUCCCGUCCUCGCCGUCGAGACUUCUCUGCGCUCCCGUCUGGACUCCGUGCGUUGUCGCCUGCGGGGAGCUCUGAGGAAGAGCCCUGGCCCGGAGAUCGGCGGCGCGGAGAGAAGCUCCGCGGCCCAGGCGGGGAGCAGAGCCCGUCCCGCCCAAGCCGCCCGCCGCAGCGCCCUGACGGGGAGGCGCCGCCGCCGCUCGGCAGCGCCCCGCGCCCGGAGUGAGGCCACCGGGUACCGCCGCCCCGCACCCGCAGGAGCCGGUGCCGCCGCGUCAGGGUACCCGCCGAGAUUGGUUUUGAAGGAGCGGACCGCGGCGGGGGCGAGGAGGAGGAGGAGGCGGGAGACGAGCCCGGAGGAGGCGGCCGCCAGAGCGGGGCGGGCGGCGGCUCGCCGGGGCGGCGGGGGGACACCAUGUCCAAGCCGGUGGAUCACGUCAAGAGGCCGAUGAACGCCUUCAUGGUGUGGUCGCGGGCACAGCGACGGAAGAUGGCCCAGGAGAACCCCAAGAUGCACAACUCGGAGAUCAGCAAGCGCCUGGGCGCCGAGUGGAAGCUGCUGACCGAAUCGGAGAAGCGGCCCUUCAUCGACGAGGCCAAGCGGCUGCGAGCCAUGCACAUGAAAGAGCACCCCGACUACAAGUACCGGCCGCGGCGGAAGCCCAAGACGCUGCUCAAGAAGGACAAGUUCGCCUUCCCCGUGCCCUACGGGCUGGGCGGCGUGGCGGACCACGAGCACCCGCACGGGUUGAAGGCGGGCGGGCUGCACGGCGGCGCGGCCGGCGGGCUGGUGCCCGAGUCGCUCCUGGCCAACCCCGAGAAGGCGGCAGCCGCCGCCGCCGCUGCUGCCGCCCGCGUCUUCUUCCCCCAGUCGGCAGCCGCCGCUGCCGCCGCCGCCGCCGCGGCCGCCGCCAGCAGCCCCUACUCCUUGCUGGACCUGGGCUCCAAAAUGGCCGAGAUCUCAUCCUCCUCCUCUUCCUCGGGCUCCGGGCUGCCCUACGCCUCCUCGUUGGGCUACCCCGGCGCCGGCGGGGCGGGCGCCUUCCACGGGGCCGCCGCUGCUGCCGCCGCCGCCGCGGCCGCCGCCGGGGGGCACACGCACUCGCACCCGUCGCCCGGUAACCCGGGCUACAUGAUCCCCUGCAACUGCAGCGCCUGGCCCGGACCGGGGCUGCAGCCACCGCUGGCCUACAUCCUCCUGCCCGGCAUGGGCAAGCCCCAGCUGGACCCUUAUCCCGCAGCCUAUGCCGCGGCACUAUGACCCACGGCCGGAGGAGGCCCGCGCAGAGCUCCGGCGCCCGUCUGGAUGUGUGCCGGCACAUCCGUGCGCACGGGGAGGGGGGCGAGCCGCCGCCGGGGCCGCGGAGGGUGACCGGGGCAGGCGAUGGGGAGCGCCGGGGCGGCGGACGACCUGUUGCUCGUCCCCUGCCCGCUGCCCCGGGUAGAGUUUGUGUGUGUUGCAUGCGGUCUGUGCAGAUAGCCCAGCUGAAACAGAAGGGGAAAAAAAAAAAGAAAAGAAAAAAAAAAAAGAAAAAAAAGGAAAAAAAAAAAAGAGGAAAAAAAGAAUAUAACCCAUCCGCCCUGCCCCCUAAAGUGCUUGUUGGGCACAGACUCGGGGAGCAACGUCCCUCGGCCGGCUCCGGCUUUCCCUUCUGUCGCUCCCCGCGUGGUGCUGGAUUCGGAACAGUCCCGUUUUUGAACCCCGCCACCGAGAGGAGAGACGGGGAAGCCGGGGGAGAAGAGGGGUGGUGAGGUCCCGGCUCAGCACGGCAGGGCCAGGUGCCGUCCCAGUAAAGGACAGGGUCACUCUGUCCUUGGUUCGUAGCCCCUCGUGGGAUCCACGCAAAGAAAGAAUGGGUGGUGCGGGAUGCUGCCUUUCCUGCUCUGUGCUCUGCCAUGCGUGGAUUUCUGCCCUCCGCUGCUACGGGAUGCUGACAAGCACGGGUCGUGAUUUUCACGAGAGGAUAAGACGCGUGACUCUCGGUUCCCGUGUGUCUCCCCCCAUCCCCCACCAAUUAAGUCUCACCCUCAGACUGUAAAUUUGUAUAUCUCUGUGGAAAUGUUAGAUCUCAGAUUGAAAACUGUUAGUUACUUCGCCCACGGUCGAUUCAGUCUUAACCUGAAAAAAAAAAAAAAAAAGGAAUGCCUUUCAAAGGGAAUAAAAAUAUUGUGAGACUGCUUGAGGAUCGCAAUAUUAUCUAAGGUUAAAUCAGACUUUUUUGUCUGAGUGAUAAUUAUCUAUUUAUUAUUUAGCUGAACUGAAACAGAGCUUUGCUUUGACAGGAGAGUAUUCUCAUUUAAAAGAAAAUUUUUUCCCCCAUGAACAUGAAGUGUUUCACACGUGUUUUGGAGUACCCUACCUGUUUAGCUUAUUUUAGAGCCACUGCAAUUCAAUUGCAAAUGGCAUUUAAAAAAAGAAAAAACAACAAAGUUUAGAGGAAAAAAAUCCUUCAUCAGUUUAGAGUUCUUUUUUGGUUUACUUUUGUAAUGUGUAUAUUUUGACUAAUGUUUGUGAAUGAAGCUGUCUAACAUGUAUUUAGUUUCAUAUUGGCUUUAUGUAAUAUAAAGUAAAAAAAAUGAUUAAGUAAUGGUUUUAACAUUUACGUGUAAAUGGUUUUCUUGUGUGAUCUUCUAAUUUAAAGUUAGACGUCUAAACUAUAUCUGUAAAUUAGAUUCCGACUACCACUCUGUUCAUUUUUGAACAAAGAGUUUAAAUAAAGCCUGAAGCAGGGAAAAGA